AUGGUUCGAGACUUUGUUCGGAUGAAUCCGCCUAAAUUUUUAGGGUCGCAGGUUGGUGAGGACCAAAAUAAUUUCAUUGAUGAGGUCAAGAAGAUUUUUGGGGUGAUGGAAGUGACUAGUAAUGAUAGGGUGGAGUUGGCAUCCUACCAACUUAAGGAUGUGGCUCAUAUUUUGUUCACUAAGUGGAAAGACAACAGGGGUGCAGAUGCAUCUCCUGUGACUUGGGAUUGUUUUACUAGAGCUUUUCUAGACAGGUUCUUCCCGAGAGAGUUGAGGGAGGCUAAAGCUCAGGAGCUUAUGAAUUCGAGGCAAGGGACAGUGCCAGUCCAAGUAUACAGAUUGAAGUUCACUCAUCUCUCGACGUAUGCUCCACACAUGGUUGCGAAUCCAAGGGCACAAACGUGCAAGUUCUUGUUGAAGGUAUGUGAUUUGGUGAAGACCAAGUGCAGGAAUGAUAUGCUAUUAGGGGAUAUGGAUAUCUCCAAGCUAAUGACUCACGCUCAGCAGGUUGAGGGAGAUAAGCUUAAGAAAAUGGCUAAGGGCAACAAAAAGGCUAGAAUAGGCAACUAUAAAGAGGGGUUUUUUGGGUGUGGUCAGUAUGGCCAUAGGUUGAAGGAUUGCCCUUCUUCCAGGUUGGGGAAAGGAGGUAACAACAAUGGGGCUCAAUCUACAGCUCUAGCAGCACCAACAGGUCACCCAACUCAGCAGGGUGCUUCAUCUGGUACAGGUGGCAGUCAACACCAAAACAGGUUGAAUGCUCUCCAGGCUCGCCAGGAAAAUAAAGAUUCUCCUGAUGUAGCCACUAUUGAUCCAACAGCUUUGGCUUCUGAUGCCACCACAUCUGCUCCUUCUGCUGAGCAGGAACGCGUAUCUCCCAGUGUGCCUCCCACUCCUACUACUACUACUACUACUGAUGCUGGCAUUGAUGCCCAAGCUAAUGCCAAAUUACUGCUACAUGUGAUAUUAUUGCCAGACAUUGAUGCCCCAGAUGAUUCUACUCCUCCAGAGACUCAUCCCAUUGAUUGA